AUAUAAUUGAAUAGAUCGAAAAAACGUAAAUUGUUUCUUCAAGAAUAUCAAACAACACACAUCUAUAUAUAACAUCAUAUUUCUUUGCAUCCCAUUUCUCAUAGCAAUCUCCAUCUCUACAUGGGUGCCUCUCAAAACUUUCUUUCCGUUCUGGUUUCAGUCUUUUUCAGUGUUGCUGCAGCUUGCUCUAAUGGACAGUGCAGGCUGCUGGAUACAUGCUUAUCGGAUGGAGAUUGUGCGGAUGGACUCUACUGCUUCUCUUGUCCGCUUGGAUUUUCCGGCUCAAGAUGUGUGAGAUCAAGCGUUACAGACCCCUUCAAGCUCCUGAAUAAUUCUCUUCCUCUUAAUAAGUAUGCGUUCUUGACUACCCACAAUGCUUUCGCCAUUGAUGGAGAGCCAUCGCACACAGGAGUUCCUCGACUCACUGUGACAAAUCAAGAGGAUACUGUCACACACCAACUGAAUAAUGGAGUUCGAGCCCUUAUGUUAGACACAUACGAUUUCAAUGGCGACGUUUGGCUGUGUCACUCUUUUGGAGGAAAAUGCCAUGACUAUACUGCAUUUGAACCAGCAAUAGACACAUUAAGGGAGAUUGAAGCAUUCAUGGCAGCCAACCCUGGAGAAAUUGUAACAUUGAUCCUGGAAGAUUAUGUUCAAGCUCCAAAAGGACUAACAAAUGUCUUCAAGGCUUCUGGGUUGAUGAAGUACUGGUUUCCAGUAUCCAAAAUGCCCAAAAAAGGCGAAGACUGGCCUCUAGUUAGAGACAUGGUUGCCAAUAACCAGAGAUUACUUGUAUUCACUUCAGAUAAAUCUAAAGAACAAAGCGAAGGCAUUGCUUACCAGUGGAACUACAUGGUUGAAAACCACUAUGGAAAUGGUGGAAUGAAAGCUGGGAGUUGCCCUAACAGGGCAGAAUCAUCUGCACUUAAUGACAAGACCAAAUCUUUGGUAUUGGUAAAUUACUUCAUGACUGUUCCGGUGAAGCAAACCAUCUGUGUUACAAACUCAGGGAACCUUCUUAGCAUGCUUCACACUUGUCAUGGUGCUGCUGGAAACAGAUGGGCCAAUUUUGUAGCUGUUGAUUACUACAAGAGAAGUGAAGGAGGAGGAGCAGUUCAGGCUACUGAUACUCUAAACGGGAAGCUGUUAUGUGGUUGUGAUGAUAUCCAUGCAUGCGUGCAGGGAUCAGCUUCAAAAACAUGUCCUUCAUCAUAGUCAGCAUCAAUGGAGGAUAUUCAGGAUCCAGAUUUUCUUGACUACUUUCAAAUAAUGUUGAGAGGAUAAUAUCAUACAUACCUAUUUUAAGUACACAAAUAAAUUCACACUCAUAUGUAUAGUUAUGUGAUUGAGUGUUAUCUUAUCUUUAAUUUAAAAUCAUCUAAUCAUAUGAUGAUAAACAUGAGUGCAUACCAAUUUGUAUAGUGGGCACGCACAGUUUUACCCAUAUUGAAAUGGGAAUACAUGUAAAAAACUUGGCCACUAUAAUAAUAUCAAUGCCUAUUAAAAAGUGUUUUGGACACUUUAUUGUAACAA